ACGACAAAACGACCCGAGCCCGCCGGCGCGUUCGGGUUCGGCGCUCGACGCUUGUCGCGUCGUCUGAUCGCUCCGUCAUUCAGUCCGGAGGUGUCCGCGGGCGGGGCGGCACGUGCGGUGCGCGCCUCGCAUCUGUAUUGUUUUGGCUCAUCUAACCAUUGUUUAAUUCCAUCCGACUAGAAUCGAUACGACAUUGAUGCAGACUGCACGGCCUACGUUACUGCAUUAUCUAAUAUUUUAAUUGCGUAACAUAGAGACAUUAAUAUGUUAUGUGCUAGAACGAAUAAAUGAAGACGUGAUUUAUUGACAAGUGAAACUUUCGAUCGUUCAUUUGUUGGAUGUACCGUUUGUGUUUUGUCACUGGACCAAACAAACGUGCAAGUGAUCUUUGUUGUAAAGGGAAGCAUGCAAAUCAAUAAUCGAGUGGAUACCCAGCUGCGAGCCACCGAGAGCUCGUACUGUGAGGUUUAUUACACGGUUGCAUAUUGAUUGGAUCUCUGGCGGGAUCACUGGAAAUUCAACAUAGAAACCUAAGGUGUUUAACUGGGAUCCAGAAGCUGGACAAGUGCUGUUUACGAAUCAUCGUAAUAUCAUUUUUCCUUGUGUUGGUGUGAUGCUCGGGAUGCUAUUAGACGAGAGCGUCAGAUAGCCGCCGCGGCAACACAGCAUGGGUGCAAACAUGGGCAAGAACUCGAGCCUGCUCGACGCACUGCCCUCCGCGCAGGGCACGCUGCAUGUCGUUAUGCUCGGCCUCGACUCCGCCGGCAAGACCACCGCGCUCUACCGCCUGAAGUUUGACCAGUACCUCAACACCGUCCCCACUAUCGGUUUCAAUUGUGAAAAAGUGAAAGGAACGAUAGGCAAAUCGAAAGGUGUUAAUUUUCUUGUGUGGGACGUCGGCGGACAAGAAAAACUCAGGCCGCUUUGGAAAUCGUACACGCGAUGUACAGACGGAAUUAUAUUCGUAUUGGACUCUGUGGACGUAGAGCGAAUGGAGGAGGCGAAAAUGGAACUCAUACGAACGGCUAAAUCACCAGAUAACGCCGGCGUUCCGAUACUAGUCCUCGCAAAUAAACAAGACUUGCCAGGGGCGAAGGAACCUAGGGAACUGGAGAAACUGCUGGGCCUGCACGAACUGGUGUCGUCGCCACACGGUUCGCGCGACGCACACGCCUGGCACGUGCAGCCCGCGUGCGCCAUCACAGGGGAAGGCCUCCACGAGGGACUCGAAGCCCUUUACGAAAUGAUACUCAAGAGAAGAAAGUUAGCUAAGUUACAGAAGAAACGAGUCAGAUAAACGACAAACAUAGACAAUCAAUAAGUACGGUUGACGUGUUGUCUGAUGUCAGUGCGAGUUAAUGUAAGAACUAUCGUGAAAUCCCGCUACGGAUAUUUAUCAAGAUGUCUGUAGUGAACAACGGAUGAAACACCAAAUAUUGUUUUUACUAUAGAUGUAAAACGUCUUAUGAAAAUAUUCCAUCAUAAUGUUGCUCAAGUUAUAUUGAACAUUUUGAAGGAAACUAAUAUUUUGAUAAAAUUAAAAUUAACGACUAGUCAUUUUCUUUUGAAAAUAGCUAGAUAGAUGAUGGAUAAAACAAUAAAGGUUUUUAGUUGAAUUUUACAAAACAUUUGGCUUUACAAAUGAGUUGAAAGAAUGAUGUAGUUUCCUGAAUGGCAUGUAACUAAGCGUUAAAAUCAUCAUUUAUUACAGACCUGCUGCGUGGCUCACGAUUGUGGGACCAUUAGGUUAACAAGAUUUCAUGUUAUAAUGUUUAUGUAUUUACGUGUUUCGCUUAUUAUGUUUAAAAUAAUAGUUGUGUAGGACGUGUAGCGUUUUCAUCCAACCUGUGUUGUAGCUGCUAAAUAUCCUUUUAAUGCAUUGAGAAUUUUUUUCUGUCAAAUCUUGUUUCAUUGAUGUUUUAAGACUUGAAUUUAAUGAUCAUGUAACCAAGGUGCAACAAAUGCCAAAAAUUAAUCCUUAACCAUGUCUAUUAUAAACCCACGGCCUUAGUUUACACACAUACAAAAAUAUAUUGUUACGAUAUUAAUAUCCCUUUAAAUACAAAUAUUAAACAUAUUUACUUGAAUACAUAAAAUAGGCAAUGGUAUUUGGCAUAAUUUUUGUCGUUUCUUGUAUAAUUAACCUUGUGUAUGCAGCUGAGUUCACUGCUAGAACAUUCAAAAGAAAACAAGUUAUUAUAUCUCUGUGAUUCUGUCUAAAAUCGUAACAAUCUUUGUCUGAAUGUAUCAGCAGUGAAAACCAACGUUUAUAAGAGCAUGUGUAUCGAAAUUUACGUCCAUGUUUUGAAUGUUUAAGCUUAUGCUUAUGAUCGUUAUUAAUAAAAAUUGAAAAAGGACCCCUAUUUGAAAAUGAUCCAAAUUAUAAUUUUUAUUGAAAGUUAAAUUAUAUAUAUAUAAGUCUUCAUU